AAAUUCCAAGAGCGAAAAUCGAAAAAUGAGUUUCUAAACAUAAACAUAACCUCACUAGCGAAACACGCUGUAGCAAGUCGCGACUCGCACGAAACAUAACCUCACAUUUGACCUGUUAGUGAUCAAUUGGCCAAAAGUUAGUGUUCCGAAAACGGGAAAAUAAAAUAAAAAAACUGCAAAUUGACGAAUGUCGAGUAAUUUGCUGAAAAUUAUUGGACCUCAGUUACACCUGUUGUUGAAAAGAAGCUUUAAUUCGACGCCGAAAAUGGCGAAAAGUAAAUUCGAAUAUGUGAAAAGUUUUGAACGGGAUGAACAUUGUUUACCGAACUGUUACGUUGUUGUUCGAAUUGAUGGAAGAGGUUUUUCGAAAUUCUCGGACGAACACGAAUUUCUCAAACCGAAUGACUUGACUGCUCUGGAAUUAAUGAAUCGGGCCGCUCGCAGUGUCAUGGAAAAUUUUAAGGAAAUCGUUUUUGCUUUUGGCCAAAGCGACGAGUAUUCUUUCGUUUUUAGGAGAAAUGCAGAGCAGUUUAAACGAAGAGUUUUUAAGAUCACAUCAAACGUGAAUUCUCUAUUUGCCUCGUCGUACGUCUUCUACUGGUCUAAGUUUUUUAAGGAAAAAAAACUUCGAUAUCCGCCAGCAUUCGACGCCAGAUUAGUUUUGUAUCCGAUGGAUAAUAAUUUAAGAGAUUAUUUAUCCUGGAGGCAGGCAGAUGUCCAUAUUAAUAAUCUUCAUAAUACUUGUUUCUGGAAUCUGGUACAAAAGAAAAACAUGACUACGAACGAGGCGAAUGAGAGACUGAAAGGAACGGUCUCGUCCGACAAAAACGAAAUGCUCUUCCACGACUUUGGAAUUAAUUACAACAACGAGUUGCCAAUCUUUCGAAAGGGAACGAUUCUCAUGAGAAAAGCCGUUCCGGCCGAACAUGGAAAAACGAAAAAUGAAAUCAUCACUAUAUUCGACGACCUUAUUGGCGAUAGAUUUUGGAUCGAGAACACUCAACUUUUUGGCCAAAGGUAUGCCGAGGAAUUACAAAAAUCCCUACAAUUGACCAGAGAACGGAGAGGAAAGACCCAAAAUCUGGAAAAAAAUAGAGCACAAAACGAAAGCGGCUGACUCGAAAUAGUACAAAUUUUAUCUAUUUUUUAUUUAUUUAAAAUAGCAUUGUUAUUACCUUUUUUUUUAGAAAAAGUUGGUUCAUUUGCCAAAAUUUCGUUGGUUUUUAUAUCAAA